AUGGUACGCGUGCCGCUAGCGAGCUCGCCACCCACCCCGGUACAAUUACUUAAUAAAGACUUGGAGAAAAUUGCAGCCUGGUGUGGUAUCAUUGGAUCAUUAGAAGUCGCUUACGGUACUAUAUAUAUAAAAGAUGAAUGGCUUGAAGGUACGAGUACAUCAGUUACGAUCAGAGAUUCCUUAUCACAUAGUGAUAAUAAAGUUUAUCAUCUAUUAUUGUUGAGAGCCGACCGAACAAUAUGUGCUGAAAGGAGAUUAUUCCGUUUAAACUACAAGUCGUCAUGGUGGACGCAUAGUCCUUCAUCACACUCGUAUUCAUGUGGUAUAUAUUUUCAAUACAAAUGUGAUGCCCCACCUCGAUCCAAUUCACAAUACCUAGAGAAAAAAGAAGGAUCUAAAUAUAAAUAUAAAUGCAAACGUAAUGGAAGAAGUACAAUUGCUUGGUGGCACUACACAAGUAACAAUCAGUCAUUGGUUCUAGGUUAUGCGGAAAAUCCAUAUAGGGACUAUGAUUUGGAAAUCUCCAUGGAUGUACAAGUGUUUGAUAACAAUACGAUCAUGAUGUGCAGACAAAAUUCAUACGACGGCUAUGUUGAAAACAUCACAGUGUUAAAUGUAAAAUCUGCAAAUUCGGACGAAGUAGAAAAGAAAACAACAAACGAUCACAAUGUAUACUAUACAUCCAACGAACAACAAUAUAUAUAUUGUCCAGGAAAUUAUUUAUAUCAAGUAGAUGCAAACAACAUAGUUACCAUGACCAGAACAAUAAAGCCAUACGACAGCAAUCAGACAAUAAUAUUGACACAACACGAUAAUAAUACAAAAUUGUAUUGUGUAAAUUAUGCAUGCAUGUAUCAAACUAAAUACAAAUGUGAGAGGAAGAUACUGAAUAAAUAUAUUUUUUACAUAACAAAUUACAAUAUGGACGAAGUAGAAAAUAAAAAAAUAAUCGAUCAUAAUGUAUACUAUACACCCAACGAACAACAAAAUAUAUCGUGUCGAGGAAAUUAUUUGUAUCAAGUAGAUGCAGACAACAUAGUUACCAUGACCAGAACAAUAGAGCCAUACGACAGCAAUCAGGCAAUAAUAUUGAAACAACAUGAUAAUAAUACAAAAUUGUUUUGUAUAAAUUAUACAUACAUGUAUCCAAAUAAAUACCAAUGUAAGAGGAAAAUACUGAAUAAAUAUAUUUAUUACUUAAAAAAUCGCAAUGGAGAUAGAAAAAACACUGCAGUCAUUGUUUCCGCGUGUGUAGUAACUUUUAUACUAUCGUCUGCUAUAAUUCUACUGAUCUAUUGGAAGUACAAAAUAAACCGCCGUGAGAGUAGGAUUCCAGAGAAUCAAGUUAUAUAUGACGCCACUCCUCAAUAUGAGAACAUUGGUCACCGAGUUACAAAUGAGAAUUCUGAAGACGACACCUAUGUAUAUCUAGCUUCACCUGUUCAAUACACUGAAUUGUACAUGCAGGCACCAACGAACAGACUUAACUAUGAUAGCGAAGACAGCCCGAAAUAUUCUCAAGUAAUAGGUAGUGUUCGACCGCUGUGAAUGAAGAGAACUAUAGAAGUAUACUGUCUACUCUACAGAAGUAAAUCAUUGAUAAUAAUUAAAUGAAUAUUAAUGUAAUAAUAAUAAUAUGUAUUUAUAAUUCUCUGAUAACAAUUAAUUUAAUAAUUAAGUAAUAUUUAAUAUUUAUAUAUUUUGCAUGCCUAAUGAGGCAAAACAUAAUGGGACAUUAUAUUACAAUAACAUCCACUGUAAACCUAUGUUUAGUGCAAAUAAAUUUGAUUUUAUUUUAUUUGAUUGAUAUUAGGACUUUAUACGAUACUUAGCACGAUAACACAAAAUUCUAUUGUUACGGCGAAAUCUCGUUUGAUUGGCGCAUUUGGUUUCUCUACCCCGACCUCUCUGGAAAUGCGCCAAUCAAACGGCGUUUUACUAGGACUUAAUAAGGUGAGCUUACUCUUAAAGAGUACACGUUGAUAUGUGUCCUCUUUAUGAGUUUUAGCCCAGAUAGCUUUAGCCGACAAUACUAUUCGAACGGCGCGGCGCAGUCUGUACGAGCCAUCCGACUCUUAAAAAAAUGGACUUGGAGCAAGUGAACAGUAACCUGAUAUCUAUGUACAUCACAGAAUAUACCUGCAACAUCUGUCUUCCGCCUCAUCUAAAUUAAAAAAGAAAUAAUCUUUAUCGAAUAAUUUUUAUUCUACCACUCAUUCGGAAUGCAGACUCAUCACUUCACAAGAAUAAACAGAAAGAAACUAGCGAGUUCCUCUUUUAACAAAUGUUGUUCAGCAUUACAUUUUAAGAUUCUGUGUAUAAACUGCCAAAUAUCUUUGACAAAAGUAAUUCAAUAUUAUUUAUAAAUUUUUCAUGUUUAAUAUAAUGGUUACUCUAAUAACAAUAUACAUCAUCCAUAUGUAUCAGAGCAGCCCAGUCCCUAUAAACAGCACCAGUUCACGUGUAUAACGGAUGAGUGAGCUAUCAUUACGCUCAAUAAUAUUGUAGGGAGCAUAGUGACCUGUCCCAUUGUGGCACCACUUGUCUGGUUACUAAUAUAUCUAAGUAUGUGCAAUUGGUGCAUUCACAUAAUGCACAUUAACAAGAAGGAGGCAUACGAUAAUCAACAUGAAACCGCUACGCACUCAUACUGUGUGCAAUCAGAUAAUAUUGUCAGCACUAUGAAUUUUUAGUUAGUUUUUUUGUAAUUAUUAUUAUAAUUCAUUUUUGUAACUCAUAAUUUUUUUAAUAAGUUGUUUAAUAAAUAAAAUAUUUUAUAGAACAUUUAAAUCUCUUUUUCUGGCA